AUGAUACCGAUCCGAAGGCUUGACAAUCCAGUACCGAUCGGUUUCAUAUACGUUCAAUUACCUGAUCAAAAAUCGCCAGGUGAAAUAUGGCCAGGCUUACAAUGGGAGAAUGUAUCACCGUCGUAUGGCGGCCUAUUUUUUAGGGCUGAGGGUGGCGAUUCCGUUGGGUUUGGAUCGGAGCAAGGUUAUAGCGCUCCCCGUAUUGAACGUGCUUACGCGGAAACUUACCCAUUUUCUACCGUUCCCACCAUUGACGUCAUUUUUCCAGCUAGCGGUUGGACACUCCCUAUUAUGUCGGCCCAUAAUUAUAACGAUUCAAUGAAUUACGAAACGCUCAAGUUUUUGAUUUCCGGCGGUGAGGUGAGACCAGUGAACAAGGCCGUUCGUAUAUGGAAACGUACCGGAUAGUUUGUAACAUGAGCAUAUUAGAUGGGAACUGGCAAAUUGACCUAAAAACCAAUUGACCUAAACUUAAAUAAC